CUCGGACAUCAAGUCUACAGAAAGAUAUCUUCACUGUUUGGGGAAGUUCUUCUGGGACCACAGCGCUGUUCUUCUUCCAUCCUUGGACAAAGGUGUUGCAGAAGCAAGAAAAAAGUUGUCACCAUGGCGCUAAUGAUUCUGCCACUCAUUGGAUCCCUGUCAAUAUCUGAGGGCCUGCUGGCCAUAACAACGGUGUGUCUGGUCUACCUCUUCCUAAAGCGUUUCCACAAUGAGAUUCCUGAAGGGCUUCGUCGACUCCCUGGCCCAAAGCCGCUGCCUAUCAUUGGCAAUGUGCUGGAGGUGGGCAGCAAACCUUACCUGAGUCUCACUGCCAUGAGCAAGCGCUACGGCGAUGUUUUCCAGAUCCAGAUCGGCAUGCGUCCUGUGGUCGUGCUGAGUGGCAAUGAAACAGUUCGACAGGCUCUCAUCAAACAAGGGGAGGAGUUUGCAGGCAGACCUGACCUGUACAGCUUCAGCUUCAUCAAUGAUGGCAAGAGUCUGGCCUUCAGCACAGACAAAGCUGGCGUCUGGCGAGCCCGUAGAAAGCUGGCCUACAGCGCUCUGCGCUCUUUCGCCACCCUAGAGGGCACAGACCCAGAGUACUCGUGUGUGCUGGAGGAACACAUCUGCAAAGAGGGCAAGAAUCUGAUCCAACAGCUCCACACUGCCAUGAAGGUUGAAGGCAGCUUUGACCCCUUCCGCUACAUUGUCGUCUCUGUUGCCAAUGUGAUCUGUGGCAUGUGCUUUGGCCGGCGCUACGAUCACCAUGACCAGGAGCUGCUCAGCCUAGUGAACCUCAGUGACGAGUUCACCCAGGUGGCAGCCACUGGCAACCCAGCAGACUUCAUUCCUCUUCUUCGGUUUCUGCCCAACAAAGCAAUGAAGACGUUCUUGGAUGUCAAUGAGCGCUUUAACGCGUUUGUUCAGAAGAUUGUCAACGAGCACUAUGCCACUUAUGACAAGGACAACAUCCGUGACAUUACAGACUCCCUGAUUGAUCACUGCGAGGACAGAAAGCUGGAUGAGAAUGCCAAUGUCCAGAUGUCAGAUGAGAAGAUUGUAGGCAUUGUCAAUGACCUGUUUGGUGCCGGUUUUGACACUGUCUCCACUGCCCUGUCUUGGUCAGUGAUGUACUUGGUGGCUAACCCAGAGAUGCAAGAAAGGCUUUACCAAGAAAUUAAGGACAACGUAGGUCUGGAUCGUACUCCUCUACUAUCUGAUAAAACCAAAUUACCCCUCCUGGAGGCAUUCAUCCUGGAGCUGUUUCGCCAUUCUUCAUUCUUGCCCUUCACAAUCCCGCACUGCACCUCAAAAGACACAUCUCUGAAUGGCUACUUCAUCCCCAAAGACACCUGCGUCUUCAUCAAUCAGUGGCAGAUAAACCAUGAUCCUGAUCUCUGGAAGGAUCCAUCUUCCUUCAACCCUGAGCGUUUCCUGAGCGCUGAUGGCACUGAGGUCAACAAGAUGGAGGGGGAGAAGGUCCAGAUUUUUGGCUUGGGAAGGCGGCGUUGUAUUGGCGAGGUCAUUGCACGACAUGAAGUCUUCCUCUUCUUGGCAAUCAUCAUCCAGAACCUACACUUCCACACGUUGCCUGGAGAGCCCCUGGACAUGACGCCAGAGUAUGGCCUCACAAUGAAACACAAACGCUGCCACCUGAGGGCCACAAUGCGAGCGAGGAGCGAGCAGUGAAGCUAUUUAAAAUGUACACUGUCUGACUCAGUAGGUGGUAGAGGCUGACUAUGUGAGGGUCACAGUCAGAUCAAGGGUCAGUGAAAGAAGAAACUUUCUCAGAAUGUAAGGCACUGGAAGUCUAAUGUAAUCCAUUGAGCUAAUGGCAUGAAAGCAAUUAUGUGAGGUUUGCUUGUUGAGGACUGUUAGAGAUGUCUGCAUUUGUGUUUAUCUGUGACGUGGUCUUGGCUUGCUAGGAUAUUUUCUUGCACGUAUCUGGUGCUUCUCAGUGAAGUAUAAGGAGACACUUAUUUCUCCUGCUGUGCAGUCCAGUAAUCCAAACUGCUUCCAAUCAGAAAUUAUUUAUACUUUGUUCAACUUUGGGACAAAGUGAGUUCUGCUGAAUGGGCAUUACUAUGUGGAGCACUGCAACCUACAUUUUUUCUGUAACAGGAUUUUGAAGAGAACAAAUAUUACCUUAUGAUACUAUUCACACUUGUAAGCUAAUUAUUUGCAUUCCAUUAUACUGUGGAUGCAAGACACUGAAGCUAUAAUUGUAUCCCAAAAUGUGAUUUUGUGUGCAUAUCAACAUUUUGUUUUUGUAUUUUUGAAAGUGAUUUUUUUUUUCAUCUUAGUGUUUGUAUAUAUUUGAGGUAAAAUAGUUUUGCUGCACAUCUCAGGACGCCAAAACAGUUCAAGUCAUUUUGACAUAUUGAAAUAUAUCAGUAGGCUGUACAGUUUCGUAUUUCUAUGGCAAAUGUGCUAAUGAUUGUAUAAAAUGUAAGGGCCGCAGCAUCCUUUAAUCAGCCGCAGAAAUAAAAUAAAAAUUAUGUGCUGGAAAAA